CUCUCUGUCUUGACUUGGGUCUGGCCGCCGAAUCUCUCACAAUGAUUUCAUUAUGACCCGCCUGCUAACGUUAUUUUGGACGGCUUUCUUUCUUUCAACUGCAUACCCGGGCAGCAACAUGACGUUGACUUACGACUGACCCUAGACAUUCUAACAAAUCUGUUGUACUUAUGGGGUUCCGCAAGGGUAUGACUACGCCUUAUCCGUCCCGUACUUUAUGGUGUUUUCAAUGGUGUUGCUGUGCAGUGCGGAUAAUUGCUGCGGAUAACAUGGAAACCUGCUGCAAUAUUCGUCCAGUGUCCAAAAAGCGGUCGAGGCCUGACUAUCCAAACCCCAUGGCUUCCGUUCCUGUCCCGCUCGUGGGACAAGUGGGGGUGGGUUAGAGCUUAGAAGACAUCGUGGAAAACGAAAACGACUUCCUCUCGCUAUAUGUAUAGGCCUACACGCGUAGACUGUCUACGUUUAGUUGCUUGACCAGUUGCUCGUCCCUUCAGAUCUGCCUAUAUCAUCUACAGUACUGCAUGUACAAUUAUCGUUACACACAAGACGAAGGGAUAUUCUUUCUUUUCUCUAUGAUAAAGUAACAAAUGGUUACUGUAACGGUCAUAGUGUACGGAGUAAUUACUCGUAUAUGUAUGUACCGCAGGGUUGUGAUUACGACGGUGAUGGGAACUCCCGAAACAUUGCGCCAAUUUCAUGCUUCGCCAACUCCCUGGCGUGCUCAUCA